AUGAUGGGGGAUAAGGAUCAAAGACCACCCCAAUCACGACCUUCUCUUAAAGCUCAUGUGUCUUUCAACAAUUAUCCCAAGUGGAAAGACAAGCUCAGAGAAAACUGUUACAAAAGGGUCCGAGAGGAUCGAACACGUCUCCUUUGGAAAAUGAGGUUGCCUGAGGGGCCUGAGGAUCAAUCUCUUAAUCAUAAGGAGUUAAUUAAAUCAACUUUCCGGGACAUAGUUACUGAUGAACUAAGAAAAAUUAAGGACACACCUUUGAAGGACUAUUCUGCUACCUUAAUUCCUGCUCCUGAUACUGAUGAUGCAAUAUGGGAAUAUGAGGGUCUUCACACAGCUUAUCAAGGCGAAUGUGAAGAAAUUUUGUUAGAAAUGCAAAGGAUAUUUUAUGAGGAUCUUAAGACACAGAAAAGUAGAAGAGAACCGGAACGCUAUAUCAGAACUUGGGAGGAUGAAGAAGACGAGUACUUAGCACGUGCAGUUUAUGAGCAUAUGCAGCUGAAUGAUAAGCAGGUGCAGAAGUUAUGGUGCCCCAUCUGCAAGCAAGGAGAGUUGCAGGAGAACUGCAGUUUUAUACAUUGCACCCGGUGUGAGCUUAAGCUCACUAGAGGCGAUGAGGUUACUUUGGACUUGUUGCGAACUCGGCUGGCUGAAGCUCAUGCAGAACAUCUUGAUAGGGGAUGCAGGUUGCGACCCAAGAUCUGUAUCGAGUCAAGAUUUGAUCUAACUGCACUGUACAUUGAGUGUGAAGGUUGCAGUACAUUUGACAUUGUAAUAUAG